UGAAGCAGACAUUUGAGCUCGUAUGUAAUCUAAUUAUCUGAACUUCAAUGACCAGUCGUUGAUAUUGCUCGUGAGUCGGGAAUGAGUCAUCGUUAUAUCAUACUGUCAAAACAAUGAAACGGCAUGUCGUCCACAUACCGUUCUAUUGUCAGUCGAACCUUUGAGAUGUGUGAAAGUAGAGGAUUAGCAAUUCGCCUGUGUCUGUAUUUUUGGACCUUGAGCUGGUAUUAGCGAAUUUGUGAAGUCACAUGGCAGAUAAAUGGAAACAAACUGCUCUCUUAGUCAUUGACAUGCAGAAUGAUUUUAUAUUAGAAGAUGGAUUGAUGAGAGUCAAUGGAGGGGAAGCCAUCGUCCCGAAUGUGAUUAAGGCAGUUGAAAUUGCUAGGCAGCGCGGCAUCCUUGUUGUUUGGGCUGUUCGCGAACAUGACCCACUAGGAAGAGAUGUCGAACUUUUCCGCCGGCAUUAUUACUCUGCGGGUAAAGUGGGUCCCACCUCUAAGGGAAGUGAGGGUGCAGAACUGGUUGAUGGCCUUGUGAUCAAAGAGGGGGAUUAUAAGGUGGUGAAGACACGCUUCAGUGCAUUUUUUAACACCCAUCUCCAUUCAUUUCUUCAAACUGAAGGAAUUAAGAAUUUGGUGAUUGUUGGUGUUCAAACUCCAAAUUGCAUUAGGCAGACUGUGUUUGAUGCAGUAGCUCUGGAUUACCAAAAUGUUUCCGUUGUUGUUGAUGCCACAGCUGCUGCUACACCUGAUGUACAUAUUGCCAAUAUUUUUGACAUGAAAAAUAUAGGAGUUGCAAUCCCCACUUUAAAUGAAUGGUGCGAGUCCGAUGCUUGAUCUACCGGAUGAUGACAAAGUACUGAAUCUUUUAUGGUCCUUAUAUCAGAAUCUGUCAAACACUCUCUCAUGGACAAGUUCUAACUGGUUCAUGAACUUGCUAUUGCGUGCUCAUCAAUGUACUAAAUCUAGUUGAGAAAAUGCAAUAAAAUAUUUGUUCUUUCAGUUUCUUGCUUUGUAUUAUUGAGUUGAUGCUGAGCAAUCCGUAUCACGAUUUGAAAACUUUACUGUGAAUUUGAAAGAGUUUGCAACUUGCAAGUGAAUUAUUCAGUUUCUUUUCAAGUUCUGAAUGAUGUUGACUAUGUUUCCUGGUUAAGUUCAAUGUAAUUAUUGGAUGUGAA